AUUAAUGCAAGAAAUCAAACAAAUACCAUCAUUUCUAUCAAAAUUAUAUGAAAUUCUUGAAGUAAUAUACAAUUUGUUAUUUUUGAGUCCGAAUAAAAAGCAAUAGGAUGGAAUAAGGAAGGUACCACAUUUUAGAUUUUGGAUUCAUCUUUAUUGACAGACCAAAUAAUGCCCUAGUAUUUCAAGCAUCGCAAUUAUCAGAGCUUUCUGAGGUAGUUAAUCAAUAAUAUCCGGUUAGAUAACUCAAUAUGUAUGGAUUUAAGAAAUUGAAAAACAAAUAGGGGAGAAGCGAAUUCCAACAUUCAUAAUUCAAAAGAGGUCUCAAGUAUCAAUUUGAAUUGAUUUUCUUUAGGAAUAAUCUAUUGAAGAUCAAAAGGAGAAAUUAAGAGGAUAUUAAACAAAGUUUAGAAUCUUUAACCAAAGAAUUUGAAUAAGAAUCCUAUCUCAAUGAGCACGAAAGACUUCGCAAGCAGCUCGUGGAAUUAUAGUCAAAUUAAAGAUCUCUCUUAGAUGAGAUCAGACGUUAAAUGGAACGCAAUCGAAAUCUACAUAGAGAAACUUAGGAUGUUGCUGAAGUAUAAACUAUCAAUCUAUUGCGUAGAGAAUUAAUACGGUGAAGAGUUAUCACCUCAAAAAACUCAAUAAACUUAUUAUAAUCAUUUAGAAACUCCCUGAAGAUGCUCAAAUCAGUAAAAUGGCAUUGAUGAAGGAAAAGAUAAUGAGAAAAUUAGAACUCAUUGAAGAGGAGAAUGUCAAUAUGAAUAUGAAGGAUAUCUCUCUCGAAAAAUAAGACUCCUACAUGUAUUAAGAACCAAAUCUAACUGGAGUCAAGAGUCCUGCUGGAUACUCACCCAAAACUAAAUGAAAUCUAUAAUAUUUAUAUAUGUGUUUGAUA